GAGAGGCGUUGCCGCUGCUACAAUAACCAAUGAAAGGAGGCCUUCAGAGUUCAGGGGUUACAGCAGAGCCCCUUGAGGAAAACUACACCUCCCAGCGGGCUGUGCGCCGCGGGGGAAAGAAAAUGCCCACAGGCCCUCUAGGGUCCUGCGUCCUUUGUCGCUGAGAGAUGACGUCAUGUCAUGGCGGUGUGAUUAGCAUUGAUUUCUCUUAAGUUAAAGAUGGGAGUUCAAGGACUUUGGAAGCUCUUGGAGAGCUCUGGAAGACCUAUUAGUCCAGAAACACUGGAAGGAAAAAUCCUUGCUGUCGAUAUCAGUAUUUGGUUGAAUCAAGCUAUUAAAGGUGCAAGGGACCGCCAUGGAUAUUCCAUCCGCAGUGCUCACCUCCUUACUUUGUUCCACCGACUUUGCAAGCUGCUCUUCUUUCGGAUCCGCCCUGUCUUUGUUUUUGAUGGAGAAGCACCACUUUUGAAGAGACAGACUUUGGCUAAGCGAAGACAGCGAAAAGAAAUUGCAGUCAGUGACUCCAAGAAAACGACAGAAAAGCUUUUGAAAACUUUCCUAAAACGACAAGCUAUCAAAACUGCUCUAGCAGGCAAGAGCAAUGCAAAGUUCCCUAGCCUUUCAGAAAUAAGAAGAGAAGAGGUGGAUGACAUUUAUGUCCUGCCGUCUUUGCAGGAAGACAAAAGAAACAGCUCGGAAGAGGAAGAUGAGAAGGAGUGGGAGGAGAGAAUGACCCAGAAAAAGAUACUGCAAGAAGAAUUAUGUGAAAACCCUCAUUCUGUGGAUGUUGAAUCAGAAGAUUUCCAGAGCUUGCCCCCUGAAGUUAAGCAUGAAAUUCUCACUGACAUGAAGGAAUUCACAAAACGAAGACGGACUCUUUAUGAGAUAAUGCCUGAGGAAUCUGGUGACUUCUCUCAGUACCAGCUCAAAGGAUUGCUUAAGAAAAGCAGCUUAAAUCGACACAUAGAAAAUGUGGAGAAGGAGAUGAAUGAACAGCACUCAGGUCAAAUUCAAAGCCAGUAUGAAAAUGAAGGGGGCUUCCUGAAGGAAGUGGAAACUAGGAGGGUUGUGUCUGAAGAUACUUCCCACUACAUUCUGAUUAAAGGGAUCCAGUCCAAAACAGAGACUUCCAAAGAUCUGGAAACAUCAUCUACAGGCCAUUCUUCUUCAGUGUCUGAAGAUUCAAAGCCUGGUGUUAUUAAGACUCCAGCUAAUUUAAAGCCACCCGCAUGUGAUCUGAAGACCACACCAACCAGCAGUACCUAUACAACACCUCCUUCUCCUAGAACAGUACUUGCUAUUCAGACAGCUAUGCUAGGAAGUAGUUCGGAAGACGAGAAGGAAGAUGAAAAUGAAAAUAAGUUUGAUAAAUGCAGGUCUGGUCCUAAUACAGAUGCAGGCAACAUGUCUCCAAGAACAUUAAGGGCUAUUCAGGAAGCUUUAUGUGAGGAGGAAGAGGAUGUUAGACCAGCUUUUAUACACAACACAGGAACUAGUCAAGAAGAAAGACCUUCUGUGAAGGACUUUCUUGCCAGCAGCUCUGAUGAGGAGGACCAGGUACCUGAUGCCCAGAGUGGAAAACAACUUCCAUUUUUACCUACAGGACAAUCCAAAAAUACAGCCAUUAACCAAGAGAAUGGAUUGGAUAAAAGAAAACCUGUGUUGGAAAAGGAUCAAAGUGUUCCUGAAAGCCCAUAUGUUCAUUUUGUGGGAAAACACCCUUCUUCUGAGUCAGAUAAGAAAGAAAGAGGUGUGGAAACACAGAUAUCUGACAUAGGUCUAGCAUCUGUGCCGGAUGACAGUCCAAGUAGUUACAUGCAUCAGACAGUAAGGUCUUUGACACAGCCCUCGCCAGCUGACCUCACUCAUUCAGCUUUUGCAGAGUUCGCCCCAAGCAAAAAUGUUGAACAUUUAAAGGAAUCCGUUCUUGGGCAAGAAAAAAGUGUACCUCUUGUGCCACGUGAGCUCACUUCAGAAACGGCAAGAUUUCAUGAAGAAAGAAUGGCACGACAACUGCAGUCUGAAGAGAGUGAUUCUGAUGGUAGCUUCAUUGAAGUGGAUGCUGAACCAAGUCAAGAUGAACUAUUUGAGUUGCCAGUUGCCUCAGCUGAUCAGGAGGACGGAAGAGUGUCUGAAGCAACAGUCGACAAAACAGAGGAGAGUGAGGAUGCCGUGGAGAGCUGGCCACCGGAAAAUGCUGCCAAAGAUAUAGUGCCAGUUGUACAAGAGGACAGUGAAAUCAAAGACAAGGAGGAAGAUGCUGUUAAUGCAUGGCAGGAUAUUAGCAUGGAAGAACUGGAAGUCUUAGAAACAAACCUUUCUGUUGAACAAAACACACUUCAGGCUCAGAAACAACAGCAGGAACGCGUUGCUGCCACUGUGACAGGACAGAUGUUUUUAGAAUGCCAGGAACUUCUGCGUCUCUUUGGCAUUCCAUACAUUCAAGCCCCCAUGGAAGCAGAGGCUCAGUGCGCUGUGUUGGACCUCACUGAUCAAACGUCUGGGACAAUCACAGAUGACAGUGAUAUCUGGUUGUUUGGAGCACGGCAUGUAUAUAAAAACUUCUUCAGUCAAAACCAGUUUGUGGAAUAUUACCAGUAUGUGGAUUUUCAAAAUCAGUUAGGCUUGGAUCGAAGUAAACUGAUUAAUUUGGCCUAUCUACUUGGAAGUGAUUACACAGAAGGCAUUCCUAGUGUUGGCUGCAUAACAGCGAUGGAAAUUUUGAAUGAAUUCCCUGGACGAGGAAUGGAGCCUUUGUUAAAACUGAUGGAGUGGUGGACUGAGGCUCAGAAGUGUAAGAAGACACAGCCCAAUCCAUAUGAUACAAAGGUGAAGAAGAAACUGCGGCAGCUGGAGUUUGUCCCUGGCUUCCCAAAUCCUGCCGUGGCAGAAGCUUAUUUGCAUCCUGUGGUGGAUGAGUCAAAGGGGUCGUUCAUUUGGGGAAGACCUGACUUGGAACAGAUCAGAGAAUUUUGCCAGAGUCAUUUCGGCUGGACUAAGUUAAAAACCGAUGAAGUCCUGUUGCCUGUUCUCAAACAGCUGAAUGCUCAGCAGACUCAGCUCCGUAUCGACUCGUUCUUCAGGCUCGCACAGCAAGAUAGGCAAGCUAUCAAGAGUCAAAGGCUUCGCAGGGCUGUGACUUGUAUGAGAAGGAAAGAGAAAGAAGAAGAGGAAAGAGAAGUUCUGGAGGCUGCAGUGGCCAUAGAAGAAGAAUUUAAGAGGAAGAGAGAGAAGGAGCCUGAGCAAGAGGCCAAGCAAGGCGUUCCUGGAACAGAGAAGCACCAGAGGAAGAGGAGGAAGCGCCAGCCACCCAAAGAGCAGAGUUUUGGCGGGGGAGGCUUUGUUGGAGAGAUUCAGCUCUCAGAGGCAUCCAGCGGGUCAUCGGCUGAGGAUAAAUCCAGUUGCAAAAGAGGAAAAACUGGAACAGUGAUUAAAAUUGACUCAGCAAGUCCCAAAACCAACCUGGACCUUGAACCAACUCAGGAUGGGGCAGGAAACAGUAGCUCUAGUGCAGAGGAGGAAAUGCCUAUGGUGACAGCCAGACCUGUCUUUGAAGGCAAAAAAGCAAGGAACAAAUCGUCAAGGAGAACGAGGAAAAGGCACUAGCUAAAUGGGAUUUUAAAUUUUUUAAAAUAAAAGAACAGUGAUCACUUCACAAGGAAAGGAUCCCCAUUCCUAUUACCUUGCUUUUAUAUAUACUGGCAGCACUUACUGACACUGGGGAAACAUUAGCAAGCGUGUACUAAAUUUUUUAAAAAAAUUAUUUAAGAGUAAGAUACUGUUUUUCCCCUUCUUAAGAAGACUUCUAAAAUAAUUAUGCAUUUGUCUCCUCUGAGAAGCUUUUGAAGGUGAUUUGUAAUGUAUAUGCUUUUCAUAAGGGAAAAUGAAAUGAUUGUGUAAUGUUGCCAGUUUGUCACUCAGCUUCACACUUCAUGAAAUGUGAUAAGCAGCACACCAUCCAGGGUUCCUGCAUUCUGCUGGAAGUAAAUACUUGGCUGGCUUCGGCUCUCUCAAGCCUUGCUUGAGUCAAUUUGAGUCCAGUAUAGCAUUCCGUCUCAAAUUUUAUGGGAUGGAAUGGGUGUAUGUGUGGCUGCUGAUCAUUCUUCAACACAAACUACCGAACAAAAAACAAGAGUAAGUAGAGCUGAAACGAUAUCAUGAAAACAAACAGAAAUUACGCUAAACAUAACAAAGAGCAGAUAUAGCCAAAGUUUCUGAGUUCACAGAUGGCAUGUUAUUGCCCCUCUGAUUGCUUUACAAAGUGUGCUGUGUCAGACUGGUGUGUUUUCCACUAUUUUUGUCAAAAAUAACAUUUAGAAAAAUGCAAA